AUGCCUGAUAUGUGGUUUUGGGUGAGUGGAUGGGUUCUAAUUUUAGUCACUGUGAUCGGCAAUGGUCUUGUGAUUUACCUCGUCAUGACAAAACCUCGUCUCCAUACCCCCGCCAAUUGGUUUAUCUUAUCGCUGGCUGUGGCCGAUCUGUGUGCAGGGUUAGCAUUCUUUCCACCCAUGUUCGGCGCCAAAUUCUUCUACACCGUCGACCUCACCCAUGCUGGUCUCUUUUUCAAGGUCAGCUUCGCCUUCUUGUAUUGCUCCAACACCAAUCUCUUCGCCAUGACGGUCGACCGCUUCCUUGCCAUCACAAAGCCUUUGCGGUACAUGUCUUACAUGACGAAAGAAACUGUUUGGGCAAUGAUUAUUACGGCUUGGACUGGCCCAUUUCUACUCUUCUUUUUGCCUUCCAUCUUCACUUACAAUCACAAUCCGACAUUUACCAUGUUCGUGGAAAUAUCCCGAGUGCUCAUUUUCCAGAUUCUGCCCCUCGUUAUCUUUGUCGCUGCGACUUCUCAUCUCCUUCGCAUUGCCUGGAAAGUCAACCGCCAGACACGGGAAAUGAUUUCUCAAGUCCGCCACAACCAUGCUGUGAACAUGAGUGGACAGAACAUCCAGCGACCUGCAGUAUUCAGAGUGCAACACAGGAGUUCCACCGUUUUGAUCAUAUUGGUGAUGACCGCCUUCAAUAUCACGUACCUCGGAGGGAAUUACCGCUGUCUCUGCUUUCUCACUAAUUUAUGUCCCUUCGCAGGGACGCUCAGAUAUAUGGUUUAUCUGGUGCUGAUUGCCAACACUGCUGUCAAUCCAGUUCUCUAUUCCUUCUUUAAGAGUGAUAUUCAAAAAGAACUAUUUAAGUUGUUCUCAAGGUAG